AUGCUUACUGGACAAGAAAGAAAACUAUUCAUUGGAAUGCUGAGUAAGAAGUUCAGUGAAAACGACGUACGCGCCCUCUUCUCGGGAGUUGGUACAAUCGAAGAGUGUACAGUGCUUAGAGACACGGCGGGUAAUUCUCGGGGAUGUGCGUUCAUUACUUUCAGCACCAAACAGUCGGCGCUGUUAGCAAUCAAAAACUUCCACCAGUCACAAACGAUGGAGAGUUGUUCAGCUCCUUUAGUAGUAAAAUUUGCGGAUACCCAAAAAGAGAAAGAAAUGAAAAGGCAACAGCAAAUGCAAGCGAAUGUUUGGAAUGCACUAUCGGCACCAACGCUAGCGUCGCCGCCUCAGCAAUAUAGUCCUGUGUUAGCUUCUGAUGCGACAUCAUUACAACUGUUGCAAGCGAUGGGAGGAUCAGCGUUACUUCAGCAGCAGUUGUUAACGAGCUCAGAAAAUUUACUUGCACCCAUCGGUGUUCAGAACUUAGUGACGUUGGCAGCUAUGUCGCAACCGGCGACGGCAGCUACAGCCCCGCUAUGUAUGGCCAACUCGAUGGCCAACUUGUUAAGCAAAGGUGCGGGAGUGGAGAGAACACUUACGGCAGCUGGAAUACCCACUUCAUUGGGGUCGGCCGAUUUGGGUGCCUAUGGAUCGCUAAUUACAAACGCGACUCUCAAUGCGGCCGCCAUCGCAGCGGCCGGUAAACAAAUUGAGGGCCCCAGUGGGCAGAAAUGGGCUAAACCAUUUGAUAAUUUCCUGGUCGCAGCUGGUAUUACAGGUCGAAAAGAAGCUAUGUUACUCCAUUGUGUAGGUGAGGAAACAUUUGAUAUUUACUGUUCAUUACCCGAACCUCCUCUCACUGAACGUGUCCCUCCUAAGGACGAUAUUGCGAAAUUGAAGCUAAACAAUCAUAUUGUACCAAAAAUAAACAUAGAUAUUAAUGGUGGAGAUGAAGAAGAACUUGAUGAAGAUGAUGAAAAAAGUGCUGAAGAACAAAAAUUUGAAGUUGCUCAUGAUUCAAGGGAUGUUCAUGAAGACCCUAAUCAAAAAAAAGGACCAGAUGGAUGCAACCUGUUUAUCUACCAUCUACCCCAAGAGUUUACCGACACAGACUUGGCAUCCACGUUCCUGCCCUUCGGGCCCGUAAUAUCUGCCAAAGUUUUCAUCGACAAACAGACCAACUUGUCCAAGUGUUUCGGAUUCGUGUCGUUCGAUAACGCGAGCUCGGCACAACAAGCCAUAGCAGCAAUGAAUGGGUUUCAGAUUGGAUGGUCAAUUCGUGAUAUUUCAGAGAGGCUCCCAAAAUUGCUCAAGUUGGGCGUCUGGGACAUGGGAUUCGGCUUGGGAAAUUUCCGCAGGCUAAGAUGGACUUGGGCGAGCGCCGAUGGAAGAUCCAAGACCGGCGUUGAAGUCAUAUUCACUAACGGCUUUGGACAUUUAUUCCAGGACGAAUUCAUUGAAGGCGUUGAGAACGAUGUAGACGGAGUCAUGAGCGACGGCGACAACGAUCCUUUGGUAGCAAUUGUAUUAUUUCGCUUGACCUUAGAAAAAUUCGAGAAAUUAAUGUUUUUAUAA